AAAAGAACUAAGGUAUACUUUCCUUUCUGUCCAUGUCCAGUUGUCUUCGUCCUCUGCUGAUAAAUCAAGUCCCUGAAUGAGAUAGAGAAAGAGGUGCCGAUUGCCAUGAACGUGGAUUCACCUCAAAGUCAAAACACUUCACUCCAACGCCUUCAAAAUGUCGAAAAGAGAAUAGUUAGGGUUUUGGAGCUAGCAGGCGGAGUGAUGGACGAACUUGCAAAUCCAGCUGGACCUCGCAAAGAAUUACUCAACAACCAUUGUGGCGAAUUUAUGCAACUUAUCAAGGAUAUUCAAGUGACUUUGCGUGAAGAGAUUAAGAGUGCUUGUGAGUACCGACCUUUUGAGAAGUGCGAUUACAGUGCUAGAUUAUCAAGCGAGAUUUCUUGCAAGAAGCUGGAGUACGUUAUUUCUCAGCUCGAUAAGAUGAAGGAGACGAUUGAUCAAUAUCAGGAAUCUACAUGACAUGGAUCAAAAUGCAUGCAGCCAAGUUAAUCUUGCUGAGAAGCUGGAACCUGGAAGUGCAUAAGGUUAUGCUUUGAAAUUGUUCGUGCUAUGUUGAAAAAAUUGUCGACCUCUUGUUGCAAUUUGCUAGGGUCUGCUGUAUGGAUGAAAGAAACCAGUUGGUUGGAGGAGCACACAGUAUUGUAUAUGAACUGACACUUUUAUGUUCAGACUUAUUAGUGUCUGCAAAUUAGGCUGUUGUCUUACUUGUCUAUACUCUCAUUUUAGAUAUUUUAGUUACAUUAGCCAAUUUUAGGCAUAGUUCUUGACAUAUGUACGAUUGAUUUGUGAGCUGACUCAGAAAUUAGAGUAAGUUUUGCAUCGAACACUAGAGCUAACUUCCUCAUGCUACUAGGCCUUGUUCAGACUUCAGUUUAGUUAAUUUACCUUUAUAAUGGUAAUAAAAAUAAAUAAUAUAUAUCAUAAUAUUUAUUACUUCCUCCGUUCUAAAAUAAGUGAAAUACUUCUCUAUUUUAUGUGAGUUUUUUGAGAGAAGUGUUUCACUUAUUUUAGAACAGAGGAAGUAUAAUAGAAUAGAAUAAAAUAAUUAUUAUUAUUUUCUCUCCUAAUGUAAUCAAACUCUUGUCUAGACACUUAAUAUAAGGAGAUAAGCUGUUAGAUGGUUAUCUGUUAGAAUAAUAGUGUAUCUAGUAUUCUAGGUGAUUAUGGAAACUCUUGUAUAUUUGUUGUAUAGUUCGUUUAGGAGCUUUAGUCAUAGUCGGUUUAGGUGAAGUUUCCUAAACUCUUGUAUAUAUACUUUGCCUUUGAUUAAGUAAUAUAAAAAGUUAUUUUCUCUUGCUUUCA